ACAGAAGGGGGUGGGGGGCAAAGGAGGAGGUGAAAGGGGAAGUCCUCUCCCGUGUCAGUCGCAACGGCGUUAAAUCUCCACACCCUUCUCUCCGACACAUCAACAUAGGGUUCGUCGGUCGCGUGCCAACUUCUACAAGUUAGGGCAGUGAAAAUGGCGAUGGUGGCUGAAUUUCUGGGGCAACUGGCCCUCAACACUGAGUCCCAGGAGCCAAAAUACCCGACUGUUCUACCCGCUUUGGACUUUGACCCUGAAAAAGAUGCUGCGAGGAUAGAGACGGCUAUCAAAACCAAAGGUGUGGACGAACAGACCAUCAUUGACAUCCUAACAAAGCGCACAUACUCUCAGAGGAGGGAAAUUGCAUUUGCUUAUGAAAGGAGAGCAAAGAAGGACAUGAUCUCAGCUUUGAAGGGGGCGUUGUCCGGCUCCGUGGAAUCGGUCAUCCUUGGCCUGAUGAAGAGCACGUCACAGUAUGACGCCUCAGAGAUCAGAGGAUCCAUUAAGGGCCUUGGCACUGAUGAAGAAACGCUCAUCGAGAUUCUGUGCUCCCGCAGCAAGUCGGAGCUGCGGGAGAUCAAGCAAGUUUACAAGGAGUUGUUCAAGAAGGACCUGGAUAAAGACGUUGCCGGCGACACUUCUGGAAACUUUGCAAAGCUGCUGCUGGCUUUGGUGCAGACCAAGCGAGACGAGCCUUCCACCGUGGUGGACUAUGAAAAGAUUGAUGAAGACGCCAGAAAACUGUACGACGCCGGCGUGAAGAACAAAGGAACAGACGUGGCCACGUGGAUCUCCAUAAUGACUGAGAGGAGCGUCCCUCACCUGCAAAGAGUGUUUCAGAGGUACAAGAGUUACAGCCCCUACGACAUGCAGGAGAGCAUCAUGAAGGAAGUGAAAGGAGACCUGCAGAGGUCCUUCCUGGUUCUCGUGCAAAGCUUUGAGAACAAACAGCUGUACUUUGCCAACAGACUCCACGACGCUAUGAAGAAUAAAGGAUGCAAGGAGAAGGUGGUGAGCAGGAUCAUUGUGUCGCGCUGUGAAGUGGACCUGAAGAAGAUCUGCUCAGAGUACAAAGCUCACCACGGCCAAUCUCUUCAAAAGACCAUUGUGGAACACACCAAGGGAGACUACCAGAAGGUUCUGUUGGGCCUCUGUGGACCAGAGGAGUAAAUUCAUUUCACUUGACAAAAAGAAAAUACCUGGAACUGGUAUGUUAAAGCAGCAAUACAGAGAGAGAUUUUUUUUUUUUUGCUAUAUGAAGACUAUCUAUUAUUGAAGUAAAAUAACAAUAAAGCAGCACGCCG